UCUCUGUCUCGAUCCGUUCGAAACCCGACGCAGUUCCAGUCGGCAGGCGAGUUCCAGACGGGAGCCACGGACGCGGAGAGCGUGCAGCAGUUCUACGAGCUGCUCACGGGCUGCAUGGACGUGAUCCGCAGCUGGGUCGACAAGCUCCCUGGGUGGCCGAAGCUGCUCCGCGAUGACCGCGAAUUGCUCUUCGAGGCCGCCUUCCUGGAGCUCUUCGUGCUCAGACUCGCGUACAGAUCGAACCCUGCCGAGGGAAAGCUGAUCUUUGCAACGGCGGUGGUGAUGCACCGACUGCAAUGCUUACGAGGAUUCGGGGACUGGUUGGACGCAAUCCUGGAGUUCUCUGCCAGCCUGCAGGAGUUGAACGUGGACAUUUCAGCCUUCUCUUGCUUGACGGCUCUCGUCAUGGUCACAGAGCGCCACGGCCUCAAGGAGCCCAAGCGGGUGGAGGAGCUGCAGACGAGACUCGUCAAUUGCCUCAAGGACCACGUGGCGUUCAGCACUCCAGCGGCCGGGCGACCCGCGUACUUGUCGCGCCUGCUGGGCAAGCUGCCUGAGCUGCGCACGCUGUGCACGCAGGGCCUGCAACGCAUCUUUUACCUCAAGCUCGAAGACCUGGUCCCUCCGCCCCCGAUUCUGGACAAGCUCUUUCUGGAUACGCUUCCCUUCUGAGACAGCGGCGUCCUUGUCGUCGUCGUCGUCGUCGUCCUCGGGUGGCCCCGGGGCUGGUGGAUCUCUGCGCGCGCCAGUGUUUGAUGGUCACAAGACUCAACAACGUUUUAGUCGAAACACUUAAUCCCGGACAUUUAAAAUCAACUCAAGAGGAAUCUGUUUCGUCUCGCCGUGUCGCCUCGGCCGACAUCCGUCCCCCCCCCACCCCCUCUCCUUUAAUUAUGCGUUGCAGUUCAUAUUUACGGCCAGGGCAGUCGCAUUUACACAUCACAUCGUCUUCGUUCCACUGGCAAUGGUGCAUAUGACCCCGGCUAUUGGAGGUGCACGCAAAUGCCGUAUACUGUAUUACAGACGACAUUGUCCACAAACGUGCAGGGCUUAAUUUCUCGAGGAAUAUUUUCCAGGGGAGCCCUCAGCUCCGGACCCCCCCCUCCCCACUCUCUCUUACCCCCCCUCAUCCUCUGCUAUGGGAAAUACUAUCUUCCGGAGCUCAGCCCCGGAGAACUCCGGUUGAAAUUAAGCCCUGAAAGCAAUGGAACCCAGUGUCGCUUCAAUUCGCUUUGAACACAAACGCGCGUACACACGCGUGGUUGAGACAGACCUCGCGUGUCCAUGCUUCAAUGACACCUGAACAUUAAUUAAACCUGCUGUACUGUAUUUAAUUUCAUCGCACAGAGUUUGCUGAAAUAUCCGACCGGGGGCUAAUAAAUAAAUUAAACCAACGCACCGCUUAACUUAUAAUUAGCUCUUAACUCAUUUACGAAUUCAUAGUUAUUUUAUAUAUAGUGCAUAUAUACAUGCGCCAAAACACGUGUAUAUAUACAGUAUAUGCGUAUAUUUAUAUUGAGAUACAACGUUGCUCUGACCCCAAACUCCCCUUCGACGGACUGUGUAUACUGUAUAGGGUGAGUGAUAAACGAGGUGGCGAGUUUCGUUGGAAGUUAAAAAUAAAGAGGUACGGGGAGCGUUAUGGCCAACGCGACCCACCUCAUCAGUGCUCUGUAUUAUUAUUAUGAAUGACUUUGGCGAAGUGCAAUUUUAAGUCGCUGCUUUGUUUCCGAAUGGUUUAAAAAAAAAAAUAAAGAAAAAUAUGACGAGCCACCCUUUACCUGACAAAGAGUUUUAAUGAGAAAGAAAAACAACAGCAAUCAAUCAGCCACCCCGGUUAAUGGCACGCGCGAUGCUUAUUGCUGCUGUUCGCUGUACAUACUAACACCCCACCACUUGGUAAAAGUGCAGUAUAUAUACAGGACUACAAUCAGUGUACAAUGAACUUUUACCGAGAAAGUGUAACUUUCGCGAGGAAUCGGCGUCCUAUAUAUACACACACACAUACACGUAUUUGAACAGACCGUACAAGAACACGCCAGCUAUUUGGCUGUGGGGCGGCUUAACAUGAUGAUGCUGACGCUACAUGCACGUGGUGGGAGAUUUUAACCCCUUCGACGGUUCGUGGCCCAGUCUCCGGUGCGUGUCCAAACAGUUCGUGUCAAAUAUAUGGAAGCUGUACGUA